AUGUUUCCACUGAAUUGGCAGCAGCACAUCGUGUCCACGGGAGACUUCACAGUGGAGAGUGAUCGUGACGUGGUCGUCAAGUUGAGCGAAAAGGCCUUGGAGAGCAAGAUGGAACAUCUACGGAGGUCUGAAAACUGGAGCAUGUACCGCUACCUGUUGGCACAUCGCCCGCGCUUGCUGGGACAGGAUCAGGUCGAAAGCCGCAGCACGGAGGACUUCCUCCAGCAGUUUGGAUUCGAAAGCCUGGAAGCUGCGGUGAAGGAUCAGAGUCCCAUGCCGGCCAUGCUUUGUGCCAUUUUCGCGGGCGAUGUCAAGAUGCUCCAGCGUUUGGUCGAGUCUCGUGCAGAUGUGAAUGCGCGCCUCAAAGGGCUGGGCCAUUUGGGCUACUUCGACACACAGACUCCGCUCAUCGCAGCCACAAAGUCCAAUCAGAAAGGUUCGCUUCUUCAAGCCCUGAUUGACCUCCGAGCGGACGUCCAUGCCACAACCAGGGUGGGCUUGAAUUGUGGUUUCGUGGUCCGGUCCCCCGAACAUGUGGAGGUCCUCCUGAGGGCUCGAGCAGACUUGCAUUCCAACUGCUUGCCGAUGGGCUUGACUCCUCUGACUGGUGCUGUGGUUUGGUCCACCCAAGAGACAGUGCUGGCCAUGCUGAAAGCUCGCUGCGAUGCCAACCCACCCAGUCGUGGUGGGCCGGCACCUGCCCCGCGGGGCUUCGUUCGCGAGGGACCUGGGGGGGGGACCUCGCCACUCGAAACGAAGGUUUUGUUCGACAUUCUGAAGCGAUGGGCCUCCAAUGCAUACCACCGCAUUGUAGAGGAUACCCGGCCCGCGGGCUGCCCUUGGCAAGCGCUGAAAGCGUCAUUUUGCGAAGUUGGAUUGGAGGUGACUGAGAGUGAGUUGCGGAGGGCCUUGAUCCAUUGCUACAUGAACCUGGAUGACAGCAGCAAGACGGAGGCGGCGGAACGAAAGUUGACGGAUCCCCUGAGUUACUUCCAUCUGGCGAGGUACGUGAAUGUGGAGCAAGUGCUGAAGCACUGGAACUGGUAUCUCUAUUGCUUAAGCUUCGAAAGCCACGACUUCACCUCUGACCACAAUCAGUGGAACCGACUUCCUGAAGAGACGCUGGUGCGAAUGCCGAUGGAUUUUGUUGACCUCGAAGUCCUUUCGCAAUCUUUCCAGACGCGCGUGACAGCCAUCCAGCUCAAUCGUCGGCCGGUGACCUUCGGAAUUCCCAUGCCUGACUCGACACCUGCACUGCUGCUGGUCCAUGAUGGCCUGUGGGCUCCCAUGCUGGGGCAAAAACCCAUCAGCGCUGACAGUUUCUGCGUUCAUGAAAUAGUGGAGCUGGCCGAUUCGUUGCCCGGCUAUUUGGAGAACUUUUUGGGUGAGACGGGCUGCACCAUGGAAUAUGACCUGCUGAAGGAUUGCUACACCGUGUGUGUUGGCCAACAUCUUCUGCCAGUUCCCCGUGAGCAUAUCAAACGGAUGGUCACCGACAGGCAAAAGUCCGUGCCCCAAUCGCGAAGAACUUCGGAUAUUAAGUGCGGCCCUCUGCCGGGCCAGGCGCCGGCUCUGAACGGCAUCCCGGAUGGCGAGGUUGAAUUCCAUCUGCUCUUCGAACUGGUCGUGCAUGACUUGCUGUUGCACUUGGAAGAGAUCAAGGAACAACUCUCAGGGCGAGUCCACGUGAAACCUGACCCCAUGAUCGAGUACAAAGAGUUCUUCCAAACGCUCAAUGUGCUGCCGGAAGGACUUGAGAUAGUCCCCUUCGAAGCGCCUAAAGCCAAAAGCGGCGGCUUUGCGAACGGCAGCAGCAAACCCAAUGGCCCUGUGGAGAACCGACGUCUCACACAUAUGUCCUUGCGCGAGGUGAAGGAGCUGGUGGAAAACCAGAUGAGGGUUUGGGUGAAAUGCCAGCAGAGCUCUGAUCAAGGUGACGAAGUCUACUUGCCAUGUCGAAGUGGCGACUUUAUUUGCCUCGUGAAGGCGGGAAAGGAAUUUCCAGAUGGUUCGAUCAACUUUGUGGCGCACACGCUGACCAGCCCCACAGUGAAGAAGUGGAUCUUCAGCGAUGCGAUUUGUCAAUUUGUGGCACGUGAAGCGUUUGCCCACGACGAGAGCUGGCCUCACCCAGCGGAGGAAUUCUUAUCGCUGCAGCCCAACGACACGGUCAGCGUCCUGGAGCGGCAGACGGGCCAGUGGCAGGGCUGGGCGCUGGCGCAGCACGGCUGUGAGCAGGGCCUCGUGCAGCUGGAGCUCUUGGAUGCGCAGGUGUACGUCCAGCAAACCAGCGACGGAGCUGACACCCAGCGGGCCAAAAAGAUUUCGAAAGAGCAACUUUCUAAUCGCCACCAGGUUGGCUACGGACCUUUACACGGCCUUACUUUCCUACGCGCGCGGAUGAGUCUGGAUUCUGCCGACCUGGCUCGAACGCUUCUGAGCUUCCGUGCCGAUGUGAAUGCCAAGACGCGCCCGGGCGAUUCCUUCCGCUUCAUCGUGAAAGCUGCUUCGCUUCACGCCGCCUUCAUGGGCGUGGAAGAUGGAUCAUACUUGAAGAAGCUCUUGGUUUCGUUGCCAGGUCUAACCCCCUUAGGCGGCGCCGCCUUCGUGGGAAACCAAGCUUUGGCCAAGAUUUUCUUGGAGCAUGAUGCCGAGGUGACCCGCAACGAUCGCGGCGAUUUGCCGGAAGACUUGGCUCGGCUCAAUGGCCACGUCAACAUGCUGCAGCUUCUGCAGACUUUUGCAGUUUGA